CGCCCACCGCCUAAGACCCCAUAGAUUUAAAGAGAGACUGCAUUCAGAGCCUGACGUUCAUUCAAUACGGAGACAUAAGUAGGCUGUCUAACUGGCGUGCUCUUUCGGUUCCCUCGUCUUACUACCGCUGCCACCUGAGGUUGCCUUCUGUUUUCGCUGCGGGGGAAAUUAUUGAGGAUGUUAAAUCAGAGAAUCUUUCCCGGCACGGUUUUACUCCUGAUGUUUUUCUGCCAAUUCACGGAAGAUCAAACAGCAGAGGCUGGGAACUGCUGGCUCCGGCAAGCCAGAAACGGCCGGUGCCAGGUCCUCUACAAAAAUGGUCUCAGCAAAGAGGAGUGCUGUAAAACGGGCCGGCUGACCACGUCCUGGACCGAGGAGGACGUCAGCGACCACGUGCUCUUCAAAUGGAUGAUUUUUAGCGGGGGUGCCCCCAACUGCAUCCCCUGCAAAGAAACCUGUGAGAAUGUGGAUUGUGGUCCUGGGAAGAAAUGUAAAAUGAACAAGAAGAACAAGCCUCGGUGUGUCUGUGCUCCGGAUUGCUCCAACAUCACUUGGAAGGGCCCGGUGUGUGGCUUGGAUGGGAAAACCUACAAAAAUGAGUGUACCCUCCUGAAAGCCAGAUGUAAAGAACAGCCCGAACUGGAAAUCCAGUAUCAAGGCAAAUGCAAAAAGACCUGUAGGGAUGUUUUAUGCCCAGGCAGCUCCACAUGUGUGGUUGAUCAAAAUAAUAAUGCCAACUGUGUCACAUGUAAUCGGAUUUGCCCAGAACCUACCUCCCCGGAACAGUAUCUCUGUGGGAAUGAUGGAAUAACGUAUGCAAGCGCCUGUCAUCUAAGGAAAGCUACUUGCCUACUUGGAAGAUCCAUUGGCCUCGCCUACGAAGGAAAAUGUAUCAAGGCCAAAUCCUGUGAAGACAUCCAAUGCAGCACUGGGAAGAAAUGUUUGUGGGAUUUUAAAGUGGGCAGAGGACGGUGUGCCCUUUGUGAUGAGCUGUGCCCUGAAAGCAAAUCAGAUGAAGCCGUCUGUGCCAGCGAUAACACCACUUACCCAAGCGAGUGCGCCAUGAAGGAAGCAGCCUGUUCCCUGGGCGUGCUUUUGGAAGUAAAGCACCCAGGAUCUUGCAACUCCAUUAAUGAAGAUCCUGAGGACGAGGAAGAAGAGGAUGACCAGGACUACAGCUUUCCUAUAUCUUCCAUUCUAGAGUGGUAAAACUUCCAUCCCUUUUGGAACAGCCAUUGGGCAAGAAAUACAAAUGUCCAUACUGUACAUACGUGUAUGCUUAUUUAUUUGGGGAAGAAAAAAGUAUACAUAUAGUUGGAUCUUGUAGACAUUUAUUUAUACUGUGUCAUGUUUUAUAAUUUAUACAUAAAAUGUCUGAUUGACUGUACACCUUUUUUUGGAAGAAAUUUAAUCGUUAUGGGAUGAGCAGUGUUAUUUAUUGUGAGGUCUCUUGCUUGUAAAGUAAAGCUUUUUUUUUUCUUGUAAACUAUAAAUCCAUUCCUUAGAGCUUAACCCCUCUCCUGGUCACAAUUCUCAUCUCCUUGUUUUUGCUGACGUUAACUCUUUUCCACUUUAACAAACAUUGCAUGUCAGUUUCUGUUACAUUCUUAUUUAUUGCAUUUUUUUCUUGCCGGUUCUGUACAUACAUACAUAAUCCCUUGGAUAUUUGUUUACAAGGAAUCUUGACUGACCAAAAGGCGCUGUAAACUGACUUAACUAUAUAUUUGGGGUGCAUUGAGGCCAUCUCUAAGAAAACCUCUUCCCCUUGGUUAUGUUCUUCUUUUGAUUGUACUAAGGUGAUCUCAAAGUACUGGACAUUUAUACUGUACUAUGAGAAUCCAGACCCAAAGAUUGGAUUAUGAAGGCUGUUAAUAGCUAUAGUAUGUUGCUAAAUGCCAUGAGAGCAUUUUUCAAACAAACAAGCAUUGUCACAAACAUCAGUGUUUCUACCAGGUCUGUCUUUACCACAGUUCCAUUGUUUAAAAAAAAAAACGUUUAUUUCUCAUUCAAAAAGUUCACAGAUUAUUAUAUCAAAGCUUUAUCAGUUCAAGUUUCUUGAUUUUCAUAAUACUUUUUUUCUGAGGCAAUUUUAUAUUUUCAAACAUGGCGAGUUAAAUAUAAAUUCAUUUAAAUAUAUAGUUUUGUACUUUUCUACCAUGUAAAUGUGCAAUGUAUAUAAAAGUUAUAAUGUGUAUUUGUAAAUAAAUUAUGAGUGAAAAAAAAUAA